CUUUUGUUUUGUCGGCAAGGCUUGGUCAUUCAAAUACAGCUCUCACUGAAUUUGCGUGGCGUCAAAAAAAACAACUCUAUACUCCAGCAUUUUUUAUUACUGCGUUAGGGUUUGAAAGAGGGACAAGUCAGGCCCCCAGAUUCAGUUACACGGCUGUAAAAGGAAAAAAGGGGAAGGCAAAAGAAAGAGAGACCGAAUCAAUCCAGGUUGUGUAGUUUAAGCCAUUGGAGCAGGAGGGUGAGAGGAAGAGGACGAAGGACAUUCAGGGGACAGUGAGUAACUGCGGAGUCCCACCUCCAGGGAGGGAGGGUAGUGUUUACUCUGUGCUCCUAGGCCUUACCAAAAAAGGCUUAACAUCAUGUGGACAACUGCCCAGGUACCUGAGGACAGCAGUAGACCGUUGAAUAUCACACAGCAAGUGGUUCCGCGGCCAGGCCGCCACAGAAAGCCCAUGACGGCUCCAAAGCCUCAGAAAGAGAAGGCGUCUAAGAGGAAAACAAUAAUUCUGACUGUCCUGGUAGUUGUGGUGUUACUGGGCAUACUGGUCACUGCAGCAUACUUUAUUAAGCAGCUGAUUGACAGCAAGUAUUUCUUCUGCAAGAGUUCAGUGAAGUUUAUCCCGAUAGAAAAGGCCUGUGACGGGAAUAGUGACUGUUCUGGAGGAGAGGAUGAAAUUACAUGUCUAUCAAGCUUUAAGGUCAACACUACCUUUCCAGUGCGGCUCAUAACAGAUCAGAAGGUACUGCAGGUCUACAGUCCUGGCCCAGGUUGGCGGAGUGUGUGUAGCGAUGACUGGACUGGGGUACACACACAGACAGCAUGUAAACAACUGGGAUACACAUUUAACCCUCAAAGCAAAGGUGUCACAGUGGACACUUUGUUGUCAACUCUGAAAACUGGACCAUUCACAGCUAUCAGGCCUGGGACUACAAAAACACCCAUUCAUCAGGCUACUAUAGAUCGCACUGUAUGCAAAUCCGGAUCUGUGGUUUCUUUGUCCUGUUCAGACUGUGGACAGGUGGGCAAUCAGGACCGUAUUGUUGGGGGUUCGGAUGCUUUGAUUGAUGACUGGCCCUGGCAGGUUAGCUUGCAGCAAGGAGGCCAACACACAUGUGGAGGCUCACUGGUGUCCCCACGUUGGGUUGUCACUGCCGCCCAUUGCUUCACUGGCAGUAAAAAGGAGCUCAGUCGCUGGAGAGUGGUGUCAGGCCAGACAUACAUGGGCACUCUAGGAGGUUCUUAUGUGGACAGAAUCAUAUUAAAUGGAAACUACGAUCCUGCACGAAAUGACUACGACAUUGCAAUGAUGAGACUCAGCAGCCCGAUAUCAGUGGCAGUGAACCGCAAACCAGUUUGUCUACCUCCUAAAGCCUUUCGCCUUCCUUCGCAAGCCCCCAUGGCUGUGACUGGCUGGGGAUACCUGGAGGAAAAUGGUAAUGUUUCUCCUUUACUUCAGAAGGCCACUAUUCCUCUGAUAGACUGGCUGAAGUGCGCCAGCCCCACAAUGUAUGGGAGUUCAAUAACCCAAAGGAUGAUGUGUGCUGGUUUCCUGGAUGGGGGAGUGGAUGCCUGCCAGGGGGACAGUGGGGGUCCUUUGGUGUAUUUCACUUCCUCUCAUUGGCAUCUGGUUGGAGUGGUGAGCUGGGGUGUGGGCUGUGCCCGGGAGAGAAGGCCAGGUGUCUACACCAAUGUCGAAGAGAUGCUAAACUGGAUUCAUACAGUAGUUGAGAAAAACCCCUGAGGUCUUCUGAUGUGUUGAGCAGAAACUCAAGACUCCAGUCAAAUCUGCCUUGGACCACCAGUGAACUCAAAGGAAGUUUCAGUUUCACUGUGGAUAACUAAAGUGAGGAGACAGAGGGAAAGAAAGGAAGUCAAAGAUACAUUUAAGUAGCAACACAAAAUACUUGUUAAACACAGCCAAAUGCAAAAACACUGCAAACACACACACACACACACACACACACACACACACACACACACACACACACACACACACACACACACACACACACACACACACACACACACACACACACACACACACACACAUGGUUUCACACACAUUUUAUUUCAGGUGUUUGUGCCAUUUCAGGUUCUUAUCUCAGGGGAAAGGUAUAUUUAUGUUAUGUGUUGCUGGCCAGUCUGGGCCAAAUUUACUGUUAAUGCAUUGGUAUCAAAUGUGAAUAUAUUUGACCACUGGUUUUAACAAAAGGACUUAGCAAUAACUGUAAACUCUGGGAAUUGUGAAGAGUUUGGAUCUUACCAGACUGGCAGACCUUAGACAUAAUGUACUUCCUUACUAUGUUCUAUGAUUUUUGUUGUUUUGUGUUGUGUUAUGAGGGGUUUAUACAAUGAACGGCUAUGUUAGAAGAGGUGACAGACAGGGUAAACCUGUGUUAAGGCCAGCAGAAGUCAGUGUGUCAGGUUAAUGUCAACAAUACAAGUGAUUAUGUUUAUGGUGGCAAUUCAGUUGAUCUGAUGGCUGUCCCUUGAUGCACCUUUUUACAGAUUGAUCUACAUGAGCACUUUAAAUGAGAAUUACUUGACUUUACUGUUUGUGCAUAUCAUUGAAUUUACUAAUAAUGCACUAAAUACUAACUUUGACCACACUGUUACGUAUUCAUGGUGCCUCCACACCGAGUUUCAAAGUGCAAUCUGAUAUCCAGCAUGCAUUCAGAAAACUCACACCAUUUAGGUGGUGGCCUCUGAGUUUAUGCCUUUAUAGCAAAAGGAUAUUAUUGUAAAUUCUGAAAAAGUGAGCGAUAGAGAUAAGUAUCUACAUUUGUAAAUGUGUGUAUUCAGGAAAAAUCAUGUAUUUCUAUAUUUUAAAUGGAGUUGUAGCAAAUCAAAACAAUGCAUCCUUUUUAUUUGGAAUAUUUAUCCUUUAUUGUCUGGGACAUGCACUCAAAUUAGUAUAAAUUGGCACUUUAAUUUAAAAUACAAUAUUUACAUAUUGUGUUUUACUGUAGGAUAGGAAUAGCUUUUCUUUCAAGGUUUGGUGGUUGCCAGUGGAUAAUAUUUGACUGUAUGGUAUUUUUUGUCGAUUAUUUUUUAUACUGUAAAUAGCUUGUAAAUAUAAUAAAGACUUUCUUCUUCAA